AUGGCCACCCCUAGUGUCCUAGCCUUUGACGCCGAGGGUCGCGCCAUUGAUUUUGAGGUCUGGCUAGAUGACCUUCAGCUUUUCUUACAGUGCGACAGAGCUGACAGCCUUUCUCUCUUUGACCUCACCUCUGGCGCCUCUCCUGCUCCUGCUGCCGAUGCUGAUCCCACUGUCCGCUCUCAGUGGGCCACCCGCGAUGCUGCUGCACGUCUUGCUGUGCGUCGCCACCUCCCUACCUCUGAGCGUGCGCAUUUUAGUCAGUACAAGAGUGCUCAGACCUUGUACGACGCUGUAGUUGCGCGCUACUCCUCUCCUGCCACUGCUGCACUGAGCCGUCUCAUGCUUCCCUACCUCUUUCCUGACCUCUCUGCCUUUCCCACUGUCGCUGACCUCAUUACGCACCUCCGCACUAGUGACACUCGCUACCGCGCCGCCCUUCCUGCUGAGUUCUGCGCUAAGAACCCCCCCCCCAUGUACAUCACUCUCUACUACGUAGUCGCGCGCCUCCCUGACUCCCUCCGCGUAGUCAGGGACCACUUUCUCGCAGUCUGUCCCACCACUCUCAACGUCGACCUCCUCGAGAAGGCCCUCCUCGCAGCGGAGAAGAGCAUAGUCGCUGUCGGUGCCUCUCGUGGUGACCCUCGCACCCCCAUCUUUGAGGGGUGCUCUCCUUCCCCCCUGCUGCCCUCUGUUGCCUCUGCUGCUGCGGCCGGCCUGCUUGGUCUUGAGUCGGUCGGCGCGGCGUCUGCCCCUAGUGGGAGACGUCGCUCUGGCAAGGGCAAGGGGGGCAAGGGCGCGGGCGGAGCUGGAGGGGGCGGUGGCGGUGGCGGCGGGGGCGGCGGAGGGAGUGGGGGUGGCGGCGGGAGUAGUGGUAGUGGUGGUGGUGGUGGUGGCAGCAGCGGCGGAGACGGUGGUGGUGGUGGCACCGGUGGUGGUGGAGGCAGCAGCGGGAGUGGAGGCGGUGGAGGUGGAGGCGGUGGAGGUGGAGGCGGUGGAGGCGGCGGCGGAGGAGGCGGUGGUGGUGGAGGAGGUGGAGCUGGUCGUGGUGGUACCCAGCAGCGGAGCGGCGGUGGUGGUGGCCAGCGCUCGCAGCGGCAGCAGCAGCAGCGUUCGCGGGACAUCCCUCCGCCUCAGCAGCUUCGUGAGUGGUACGCUUCGCGUCAGAGGGGUGGGGGUACUGGCCCCUGCGCCUACGUUCUUCGUUCCGGCGACCGCGCGGGUGAGCAGUGUGGGGGUGCCCACUCCACCCAGCGCUGCUUUGGCCGCCUGACGGACGCUUGGCGUCAGCAGUUCCCCGGGGCUAGUGAGAUCCCUCGCUGGGAUGAGCUCCUUAGGGCUGGUGUAGCGAUCUUUGAUCUUGAUUUUGAUGCUAUCCUUUCUGCUAUGUAUGCUGUGACUUAUAGUGAGGAGAAUGAGGGUUACCGGUGUUUCCAGCCCGACCCGGGCAUUGGUACUGCUGCACUAGGUACUUGUGAGGCUGCUGCUCUAGGUGCCAGUGCGUCUGCGCUCUCAGGUACUAGUGAGACUGCGCUCUCAGGUGCUGGUGAGACUGCGCUCUCAGACCGCACUACUCUCACGCCACUUGGCCGACCGGUUGCGGUCUCCCUUGGUGUAGAAGAGCAGUAA